AUGGAGCUGGGUAGUAUUCUUGAUGUUCUUGACAAGAAAACCAUUUUGGUCACAGGUGCUACUGGUUUUCUGGCAAAAAUUUUUGUGGAGAAGAUACUUAGAGUUCAACCAAAUGUGAAGAAGCUAUAUCUUCUUGUCAGAGCAACUGAUAUCAAGUCUGCCUUACGACGCUUCCAAACCGAGGCAGUAGAAAAGGAUUUGUUUAAAGUCUUGAAAGAGAAGUACCAUACAAACCUGCAAAACUUUCUCUCUGAAAAGGUAAUUCUAGUUCCGGGAGACAUAACAUGUGAGAACUUAGGAGUAAAAGAAUCAUUCCUGAAAGAGGACAUGUGGAGAGAUGUUGAAGUUAUUGUUAAUACAGCUGCAUCCACUAACUUUCGUGAAAGAUAUGAUGUUGCCCUAGAUCUUAACACAUUUGGCGCUAAAUCCGUUUUGGACUUCGCUAAGAAAUGUAUCAACAUCAAGUUGAUGCUUCAUGUGUCCACAGGUUGA